GAACAAGCAUUAUCUGUAAGGCAUUAUUAGUGGCUGAUCAAAUACGACGACCGACAAUCUUUCUUCUCCUUUCUCUUCUUCUUCUCUCCAUCGUCUUCAUCAUUAGAGCAUCGUAUACGAAUUCAGUAGCUUCGAGAUGAUCUCUCUUUACCUUUAGAUCAUCUUCUAAACUGUUAUCCCACCAAAUUUCCAAUCCUCGGUGAAUUUCUAGGGUUGGAGAUCUAUCUCAUCGAUUUUGCUGUCUCACAACUAUCCGAUGAGAAGUUCUGGGUUGGUUCUUCUCAACUUCUUCUUCUUCUACUACUUCUUCAAUCCGAUUUCCUCUGUAGAGGGAGCUUUUGUUGGAACUUAUGGGAUAAACUAUGGAAGGAUUGCGGAUAACAUACCGUCGCCGGAAAAAGUAGUGUUGCUUCUAAAGCAAGCCAAAAUUCGGAAUGUUCGUAUCUACGACGCAGACCACAGUGUGCUCGAAGCUUUCAGUGGGACUGGUUUAGACCUUGUGGUUGGACUACCAAAUGGGUUCUUGAAAGAGAUGAGCUCAAACGCCGAUCACGCAGCGACUUGGGUCAAAGAGAAUGUUCAGUCUUUCUUACCGGAGACUCGGAUCCGUGGCAUCGCCAUAGGGAACGAAGUUCUCGGAGGCGGCGACUCCGAGCUCUCGGGAGCCUUGCUCGGCGCUGCUAAAAACGUCUACAACGCGUUGAAGAAACUGAAUCUUGAGGACACCGUGCAGAUCACCACGGCUCAUUCGCAGGCUGUGUUUGCUAACUCCUACCCUCCUUCGUCCUGUAUAUUCAAAGAGAAUGUUGUUCAGUUCAUGAAGCCACUGUUGGAGUUCUUUCAUCAGAUUGGCUCUCCUUUUUGUUUGAACGCUUACCCUUUCUUGGCCUACACUUAUAACCCCACCGAGAUCGACAUCAACUAUGCUCUAUUCAAGCCCACGGAAGGCAUCUACGACCCGAAAACAGAUCUUCGUUAUGACAACAUGCUUGAUGCUCAGAUUGAUGCUGCCUACAUGGCGCUGCAAGAUGCUGGUUUCAAGAAGAUGGAGGUUGUUAUUACCGAAACAGGGUGGGCUUCUAAAGGUGACUCCGAUGAACCUGCAGCGACGCCGGAGAACGCGAGGACUUAUAACUAUAACCUCAGGAAAAGGCUUGCAAAGAGGAAAGGGACACCUCUUAGACCCAAAACGGUGCUCAAGGCAUACAUCUUUGCAUUGUUCAACGAAAAUUCAAAACCUGGCAAGAGCUCAGAGACACACUUUGGACUUUAUAAGCCUGAUGGAACUAUAUCUUAUGAUAUUGGAUUCGACAGUCUAAAAUCAGAUGCUGCCAAGUCACCCUUUUCAUCGUCAAAGAGAGCUUGUUACUAUGUGGCACUAGUCAUCUCUGUCUCGGUUUUCCUCCUGAUGAUAUAACUGCAGAAGUGGUAUGAGCUUUGACUGUUGGAUUUUGUCAUACAUUUUUAAUAAUAUGAUAGAUUGAUUAUUACUAGGAGUGAGAGAGGCUAACGAAAUGGUAGGAGCACAAAUUUAUGGGAUUUCUCAUACAUCGCAGCCAUAUAGAUAAUAUUUUCUUAUAUCAUCAUCAGACACAUAUAUGUAUAUCAAUCUUAUGUGAACAAAUUUAUACAUAAAUUUGGAUCUCUACUUAGAUUAAAAGGUAGUACUAGAGAAUUACGGAUUUGUGUUUCUGCCUACAGAAGAAUAAGCUCUGAAAGAUUACUGAUUUGAUGCCACAAGCAUAACAAAAUCAUAUUCAAAAGAUUCACAUCAGGAUUUGUGUUUGGAUCGAUCUCAGCUCGAAGCAGAGUGCCUAGCAGAAGAGAAACCACAGCAACGGGUCCAAUUGCUAUAUCCCUCGAACAAAAUCGAAUCUGUAAAACGAAACCAUACUGGAUUCAUCAGUUAUCAUCAUCCCCUGUUUCUCAAAAGAAAACCUGUCGGAAAUUUUUAGUAAUCAACCACACAAAUCAU